CAAAGAGUGCAAUUGAUAAAUACGUUGCAUGUCACGUAUUAUUUGGACAUAAUUAUUAGAAUUAUUUAGAAUUGUUAUUAAAAUUUUCUUUAUUUAAUAUGUAUUGGCUAAUUACGUGCACAACAAUUUUGUCAGUUGAUCUAAUACAAAGAUCUAAUUAAAACGUAGCUUGAAUAAGAUUAACUUUAAAAUUUUAAUAUUAUAUCUAAUAUAAUAAUUAAAAUAUUUGUAGAGAUUUUAAAAUAUAUAAAUUAUGGAUUCUGAAUUUCCUGAUCCUGAUGAAGAAUUUGAUUUAAUUCAUGAGAAUGAAUAUGAAGUUUUAAAAGAAAUUGAAGAAUUUGAAAAAAAAAACAAUGUUAAAAUUGAAAAUUUGGAGAAAAAACAAAAAGAAAAAAAUAAAUUAAAUACAUCUAUACCUAAUGUAUAUAAAGAAUUGAAUAUUCCUAUCUCUAGCAAAUAUAAUGAAGUAGCAAUUGCUAGCACUAGUAAAGCUAUUGAAUAUAAUGAUAAUUUUGAUAUAGAUAUUACAAAAAAAAGAAACUAUGAUGAAUUAUUUGGUGAUAUUUCAGAUAUGUUAGAUAUAAAUAAUUUUGUUGAUAUUCAGGAACCAAAAGAUAAAAAACCACGAUGGGAUCAACCUCAAGAAGUUAUUAAAGCAGUAUUAGAUGCUAGACAAAAAUUCAAUGAAUAUAAUAGAGGAGUUCCUGUUAAUAGAAAACAUGCUGAAAACAAAAGAGAAUCUAUAUCAUUGAGAGUCCCACGUUGGAAUUUUGUGGCUGUAACUAGACCAUGUGAUGCACAACGUAUAUAUAUAAGAGUUAAAAGUAAUGAACAAUGUGAGAUAAAAAGAAAUAUACAUUCAAUUUCUAAUUUAUUAUCAGUACCAUUUAGCCAAAUUAAAGCUGAAGCUGAAGAAAUUAUGGUACAGAAUGCUAUGCGUGCCAGUCGUGAAACUUCUUACCUUCCUAAUACAAACAUUGCUCAAGAUGAUGAAUUAUGGGUUGAUAAAUAUAGGCCUAGAUCUUACAUAGAGUUACUUUCAGAUGAAAGUGUGAAUAGAGACUUAUUACAUUGGCUAAAACUUUGGGAUAAAAUAGUAUUCAACAGAAAUUAUAUUCAGAAAAGAAAGAAAUUAAAUUCUACACUUAAUCGUUUUAGAAAUAAAAAGUUUGUAGAUGAAAAAGUUUUUAAAGAAGUAGAUAAUAAAGGUUUUCCAAUUCAAAAAAUUGUACUACUUAGUGGACCACCUGGGUUAGGUAAAACUACAUUAGCACAUUUAGCAGCUAAACAUGCUGGUUAUAAUGUAAUAGAAAUUAAUGCAAGUGAUGAAAGAAGUCCAGAUACAUUUAGACAAAUUCUCCUUGCAUCAACACAAAUGAAAGCAGUAAUGGGAAGUGAUCCUCGACCAAAUUGUUUAGUUUUAGAUGAAAUUGAUGGGGCACCAGCUGCAUCCAUUGAUCUUCUUCUUAAAUUCAUACAAGGUAAAUUAAUUCCAAAAGGCAAAAAAGAUAAAAUGAAUACUGAUAAAUCUUCAAAUAUUUGUCAUCGUCCUGUAAUAUGCAUAUGUAAUGAACCAUAUACUCCUUCUUUAAGAGCUCUUAGGACUGUUGCACUUAUUAUAUCAGUACCAGAAGUAAGUUCUACAAGACUGGCAGACAGAUUAAUGGAAAUAUCACAAAAGGAAAAUUUAAAAGUAAAUCCUGAUGCACUUUUGACUUUAGUGGAAAUAUCUGGUUGUGAUAUCAGAUCAUGUUUAGGAGCACUUCAGUAUAUGGGUGGUAUUCAUUCAAAAGACAAUCUAUCUUUUGCAUUAAAGGAUAGUAGAAAAGGAUUAUUUGAUUCAUGGAAACAAAUAUUGACAAUACCUAUGAAUAGAAGUGGAAUACUUUCCAUUUCAGAAAGAAUUCGGCUUGUAUUAAACAUUGUACAAAACGGAGAAUUAGAAAAAUUAGCUCAAGGUAUAUUUCAUAAUUAUCCAGAAAUUUGUAAUAAUAAAUUAUAUUAUAUAGCAUUAUGUUUACAAUGGUUUCAAUUUUUUGAUGAAAUUUUAUCUCUUGUUGCAAAUCUUCAGGUUUGGUCUGUUAUGCCUUACCUAAAUUACGCGUUUGUUACAUGGCAUUUAUAUUUUGCUAAAUCAAGAAAUGCUAAAUUAUUUUAUCCUUCUAUUUUAUAUGAAAUGAAUCAGAAACAUGCCAGAAAUAUUGGAAUUCUAUCUACUGUUCAAAGAAGUAGUGGUCGUAAUAGUAUAAUUUUAACAAUCGAUAUAGCUCCUUUUUUUCCGGAUUUGUUAUCUUCACGAUUGCGAACAGUUUCUGGACAUUUACAUUCAAUGAAAGAAAAAGAAGAUAUUAAUCGCAUAGUUAAUAUUUUAAUUAAUUUUGGUCUUACAUUUACUCAAGAGAAAAAACUUGAUGGAACUUAUGACUAUAAAUUAGAUCCUAAUAUAUUUGAAAUAAGUAUUUUUCCGGAUUGUAAAUAUCAUCGAACACUUACAUAUCCAGUAAAACAAAUACUUGUUCAAGAAUUAGAAGCCGAACGAUUACGACGAGCAGCAAAUGCAAUAAAAAAUGUAACAAAAUUUACACAAAAUAAAAAUGAGAAUGCUAUAAAAGAAAGUACGACAACAAAUUCAAAGGAAGAUCUCGUUGCUAAAACACAUAAUAAUAUAAUUAGUAUAGAAUCUAAAGAAAUUCAAACAAAAGAAAUCAAAUAUAAAGAUUUUUUUGGAAGAGUUAUUACAGUAAGUCAAGAUAAACAAAAUAAAUAUGAUAAAGAAACUAUCAGUUCGCAAACUUUUCUAUCAAAAAAUGAUGUAUGGUUUAAAUAUAAAGAAGGUUUUAGCAAUGCCGUUCGUCGCAAAGUUAUAAUGGAAGAUUUACUUUAAAUAUGCUAAUAUAUUUUCAUAUAAUGAAAUUCUAUGAUUUUGAAAUAUUUUUAAUAUUUAUAUUAUAAUUUAUUUAUAAAUAAACUUUUUUAUUACAUUUU